AUUCUGAAUCCUACUUGGGUUUAUUGAAUUUUCAAUGGGAGGUGCAGUUGGAAGGGCUGAUUCCGUUGGUUGGAUUCCGGAAACCAAAAUUGAGGCUAAAAUGGUUGAAGCAUUGCAAAAGAGGGAAUCUAAAGGAUGUUCGGUGAAAUCGUUCAACACUAUAAUCUUGAAAUUCCCAAAAAUUGAUCAAAGCUUUAGAAAAUGCAAAGCCAUAUUUGAGCAGUUUGAUGAGGAUUCGAAUGGCGUAAUAGACCGAGAAGAGUUGAAAAAAAGUUUCAGUAAACUGGAAAUUUCUUUUACUGAGGAGGAGUUGAAUGAUCUCUUUGAAGCAUGUGACAUCAAUGAGGAUAUGGGAAUGGAGUUCAAUGAGUUCAUUGUACUUCUUUGCCUUGUCUACCUUCUCGCAGACGAUCCAGCAGCCCUUCACACUAAAUCACGAAUUGGGUUGCCGAAUCUGGAGUCCACGUUCGAGACUUUGGUCGAUGCAUUUGUGUUUUUGGACAAGAACAAGGAUGGUUAUGUCAGCAAAAACGAGAUGAUUGAAGCGAUAAAUGAAGGCGGGGAGCGUUCUUCUGGAAGAAUAGCAAUGAAAAGAUUUGAAGAAAUGGAUUGGGAUCAAAAUGGAAUGGUGAACUUCAAGGAGUUCCUUUUCGCCUUUACAAGGUGGGUCGGAAUUGAGGACGAGGAAGAUGAAGAGGCCUGAAGCUUGUCAUCUCUAAGUGCCUUACUUCUGUUGCUAAUAGAUGGUAAAAAGAAAAAGUGUUUCAAGCUCCAAAGAAUGGAGGUUUUUCUUGUUUUAGCUUGCAAUAAAGGGCUAGUUGCUACACAUUGAUCUGUAAUGAACCUUUCAGAGAUGAAGUUCAUUGUGUAAAUAGUCAGAAAAUGCAGAACUAUGAGUGCCAUAUUGAAGACAUGUUAAUUAUAUGGUAGAAACUCAGAUUCAGUUGUGUUUAUGUAGAAUUGAUAGUUAAGAAUCGUUAAAUAAUUUGACAUAUUUAACUAAAUUAUUAUAUCUAACGAUUUUCAACUAUCAAUUUUACAUAAAAAAAC